AUGACCUCCAAUAACUCUGGGUCAUCUGCCUCGGCCGUCCCAGACACCCUUACCGCGCCUCAACUACAUGCCUUGUUCGACAUUCUUACACACUAUGGGACAUAUUCCGAAGUGGAAUGCUUCAAAAAUGCUAGUGCCAUUUCCACCUAUGGCUAUCCCUUUGCCUCGUCGAUAGAGGGCGCCUCCAAGCCUGUCAUCAAGAAGGAGUCAUCAGUCCCGCUUCUGGCAACCUUGUUGCGCGCCAUCGUCCUCCCGGUUCCAGGAGUUCGCGAUCUGCCAGCUGGUUUCUGGCCGCUCAAAUUUCAAGGAAUUCUGACCAAAUUUGGUGAAGCAGACCUGUCCGAGAGCUACGACAAAGGGUCUUUGGGUAGUAGGAAAACCCUCGCGACUGGCGCCUCGGUUAUUCAUGAGUCUGUCUCCAGAGGUCUUAUCGGCGGUCUUCCCAAAGGGUCACCAAGAGAUCUAAACGGUAAAUAUGACAGGGCCAUGGCACAGGACCUUGUGCGCGCCUGGGAGGACGUACUGCAUGAACUUGUCUAUGGAAAUCUGGUUGGAGAAUUGUUUGAUCGCAUAGCUGAGAAACCCGACAUUGAAGGCCACUCACUUGGUGUGCAGACCGCCGUGGACUACAUCAUUAUUCACCUGGCCACGUUCAUGCACCAUGUUUUCGUUCUCUCCCCCGAAGGAUCUUAUCUUUUGCAGAUGGUGGCGAGCAUACACAAGCUGGUACCUUAUUCGGCCGUCAAACAGACCCUUCGCAUUGGAAACGCAGCCUCAAUGAUAAGCGGGUUGGUUCGGCUUGUCCUUGCAAAAAUGAGCGUUGGAGGCCUAACCAACUGGCUCGGGCUGACACAAAAUGCUGACGAUGGCAUGAACCUCCUGCAGAGGCAUAGAAUCAUCUCCCUGAUCUUGUCGUGGGACAUGGCAGAGUUCCGGAAGACAGCCGAACGGAUAGAAAGGGCCAAGGGUGGUCCAUCUAAGGAUCACAUGGCAGUCAUCAAGGAGUACGUCGCCAAGUCGAGGGAAGACCACUUAACGAUCAGGAACACCAGCGUAAAACGAUCCGAGUCGAUCAUUUCUACCAUCUUCAACGAAUCUCGACGCGGCCUUAUGAAGUCCUUGUCCAAGGAACAGCACGAGCAGUGUCUGGAAUACCUAUCAACCUUGCUCGCAAUCCGAGACCGAGAUGAAAUCAUCAAGAUCCUUUGCAAGCAAAACCCAGAUCUCUUCACCCAGGCCGUACGGGACUUUAUCGGUAGCUUCGAGCCCAUGAUACGAGCCGUCCAUCAGAACAUCGACCUUCGCGAACACGUCUCCGCUGCUGAAAGCUUUCUAACCGACCUUAUCGAGACCAGCAAGGCGAAGGAUUCCCCGGUGACGAUCUCCAGCACAUUGACAGCCGACAAAACGUUGGAGACUCGAGCCCCGUCCAUAGAGGACUAUGUCGGCUUGAUUAGGAGACACCGGCAGUCCGCCUACAACUUUGUCCACCAGGUGGCCAAAAACUGCCCCGAGAUCAAGGAGGACUUCCUCGAGUACUGCAAGAAGACGCUGGCGCAGUUCCGCCAGAAGCAGCCCGAGAAGCAACCAUCAACAUCGGCCACUCCCUCAAACAACAGCAACAGUCAAACAAUCGAAACCACCAGACUUCGCAAAGGAGCAGCAGGCAGUCUAAGCACCGACAUCCAAGCUCUUUUCACAGCCCUCCCUCCUUCGAUAAAACCCCAAAUCCUCGCAGCAGCAGACGCUCACGCCACCUACCUCUCCUCCCUCGAAGACCUCUCCCUCAAGCGAAUGCAACACAUCCUCGACGACCUGGACGUAACCAACCCCCCACCUCCUCCCUCACUAACAGCAGAACCUAAAAAGGAAACCAAAUUCUCCCUAUCCACGACCUCCCCCUUCGCCUCCCGAAAUCCCAGCCGGCGAAAUAGUGAUAAUACCAAAAACAAAAAAGCAAGCAUGUGCGGCCCCGGCAUGUUCCUCUCACGCUGGCAGAGCCUGAUGGACGAGACGCUCAUCACUCCCCAAGUCCCCACGGGCGGCCAGGUGCGGCGCGGAAGGGACGUGAAGGGAGUGAUUGCGCAGGCGAAGACGACGGGCGAAGUGGCCAGCGAUGCAGACAAAGCAUGGGAUUCGGCGGCGCUGAUGAGGUUGGUGGAAACGGAGGUGCCGAGCCCGCCUGAUGUGCAGGUGGUGGUGAAGAUGAUGGGGAGCGGGUUUGGGGAGGUGGUGGAGGGGAGGAUGUUGGAGAAGAUUGAGAUACCAGCGGACGUGGAUGCUUGA